UAAUUCCGUCAAUCGAUUCGAAUUUCGAAGCUCCGCGCGUAUCUAUAUAGGUAUCCAGAAAAUGUCCCUUUUAUAAUUACAUAGAUUACGGCAUUUCUGAUGUUUCUCCGUGCGCAAAAGAAUUUUUUUUAGGAUGUUCCCCGGCAGAGAUUAUUAAAAUGUCCAUAAAUUUUCAUGCGAAUCAGUUUGAAUCAGCCUAUAAACCAAAAACAUUAAGAAAUUGGGAGGUUCCAAAACGAUGUACUCUAACACCAAUAAAUCGUACAGGAAGUACCAAAAUUAUAGCAAAUGAAAGAGGACGUUUUCUAGUUCCGGAAAUAAAAAGAGUCAAAAGAAAACCUCUAUUGAAUUUACCGAAGAAAAUAGAUGCUGAUACAGCCCAAAUAUUGAACAAUACAUUCUCUGAAAAUUCGAAGAAUAAAAAUGAAGUGAUAAAAAAUCAGCAGGAAUAUUCAAGCAAUAUUGAGGAUCAAGAGAAAAAUGAGAUAGUUCCUUACGUUCCCGGGGAUUUGACGGAAGAAAAAGAUCGCUUAAAUAGUCAUACACAGUUAGCACAAAAUCGCUUUAACGCUAACCAACGAAAACCUUCCAGCGGAUACCCUAAAUACAGAGAUGAUUUUUCUAGAAUUUCUCCAUUGCCCGAACCAUCCCUGUCCGAACAGGUUCAGGACGUUAUAGAUAAUACUGAGGUCAUGGUGGGUACGCAAUGUGAAAAAGAGAACGAUCUACAAAAAAAUAAAUUUUUUACUCCUAUCCUAAACGCUAUAUCGAAUUUUAACCUGGCAAAAAAACUUCAUAAAGAGAACUUGGAACAUAACCCUUUACCCGACACUAUAACCGAUUCGAUUUAUCGCAAAUUACAAAUGCAAAGAAAACAAAAUUGCGAUCCCGGCUUAAUGCUGGACGACAAGAAUUUUGCUUGCGGAGUGGGCUGGAAGGGUUACCCAGGUUACGGCCCUACAAAAUGCACUAAAUUGAAAGUGUACCGCCCGAAAACCUGCGCUCAUCAUAACAUAAAACAGAUGUAUGAUGAAGACAGGCCGAGUACGGCAAACAGUUUUGAUAAAAAAUGGCGAUUUAUCAAGCAGAAUAAAGUAAAACCGAUCGAUUUGGCUUUGUGUUGGGACUUGUCCCCGGCCGAUCCAGAGGAUGAGCCGAAAUUGCCGCUUCACAUUGACGGUUCUAACGGAUCGCAAGCACCCGCUGUGUUCUCCCUGGUUCACACGCCAAAAGACGAAUGCGAAAACGUCCCGAAAUGUGACGGGGUACAUGCUUGUGGACCGAUAUUCGAACAUGGCGGCAAAGGCGGACAAGCCAAAGAUUUCAUUUUUGAUCGACCGCGUACUAGCUUAGUACCUAAAAGCAGCGGUACCCGCAGUGGGACAUCUGAGGAAGGUAAAAAACGAGCCAAAAGCGCACACGACCUUCAUCACGAGUAUCAAGAGAAAUCAUCGUGUAGCGCUUCUGAAAAAAGUACCAAAAGUAGUGCACCAUCCCUAAAAGACAAAGCCAAAGGUUUUCAUCGCAGUACUCCUAAUUUAAGGGGUACGGAGAAACAUGUAUUGCACCCUUGCGACCAGCAUUCCUGCAAAAAAAUCGGCAAACGUCUUUGCGUGGCUUGCGAGCUUAAAAAGUUGCCGGGCGAUCGAAAACUGAACACCGAAUAUAAAACGGCGUUUAAAGCAGGCGUACCACAAAAAUACAAUUAUAAACGGGACGAUUACCCUGAACACUGGAGGCUGGCUACUGUCUAUCAACAUUCCUAUAAACCCAUCAAUUUAAGGAAAAGAAACUUGCUCCAAACUGUUUAUAAAUAGUAGGUUAGUUUUAAAACGGACCAAAAAGCAAAAUAAAACAUAUACAGGGUGUUUCAAAACAAAUGCGAAA